CCACACCACGUCCGCCGGUAAAAUAACUCUGUCUUCUCAGUUUUUCUACAGAUACGACUCAGAUUCGAUCACGUGAAAACACUCGCAGUGACAUUGUUCAAGAUGCUUUGGGCACAUUUUCUUGUACAAAUUUUAAUUUUCGUUCUGGCAAUUCUACAGCACAAUCCGUCGGCGUACAAUAUUAAUUCACUCAACGCCCGGAUAUUUAGGAAUCCUGUGCACUUGUCGACUGGACGUGGAAGUUACUUUGGAUUCUCGGUAGCUUUCUACGUGGGUGCGGACAAAUCCUUAUUACUCGUCGGAGCUCCGCGAGCGAACUCCAGCGAACUGCCAUUCGUCACAGAGCCGGGAACGGUCUUCAAGUGUGCGAUGAAUGGUGUAUGCAAAGAGUGGGUGAUGGAUAAGACCGGAAAUGGUCCGCAUCCUCGUGAGAGAUUAAUUAAUCAAAUAAAGGAUAACGCUUGGAUCGGUGCUACCAUUGCCGUGCAGAAUAAUACGAAGCCUAAAGUUAUGGUUUGCGGACCACGAUGGAUAAAUAAUAUUAUAAAUGACAACAAGCCGAAUUGGUACAUGAACGGAAUUUGCUACGCGACGCUGGCUAGCAACGCCAAUGCUUUUGAGAGACAAGCGGAGGAGCACCUCAUACCACUUUCGAACUCUGAAGAUCAAAUCACGUCCAAGAAUAACAUAAACAUUUAUAAUUACGGGGUAGGACAAGUCGGCUUCUCCUUGCACAUGAAUUCGCGAUAUAGCGUGAAUGUCGCGAUUGGUAGUCCAGGCAUAUACAACUGGAAAGGCGAUGCGAUAUUAACUGUUUCCUCGAUGGUCGGUUCAUUCUCACGCACGGUAAUUCCCUCGCUUGCUAGAGAACAACGGGUUCAUAGUUACAAUUACUUCGGAUACGCUAUCACAGCGGGUACUUAUUUCAAUGAGCAAGACGUCUGGUAUGCGUCCAGUGCACCACAAGGUGCUAACAUGUAUGGAAAAGUCCUCAUAUUUUCCUUUCCACCUAAAACUAAUCAGCGUAUGUUUAUCAAAACGAUUAAGUACGGUCAACAUUACGGUGAAUACUUCGGUGCUGCACUAACGUCAUGUGACGUCAACAAUGACCAUAGACAGGAGCUGAUUGUCGGUGCACCGCAAUGGUCCAGAGACAUGGACGAGGGUCGCGUCUAUAUUUUUGCAGCGCGACACAACACCGAUUUGGAGGAACUGCAGACGAUCGAAGGUGAGAUUAUCGGAGGCAGAUUCGGAUCCACCGUGAUGUGUCUGGGUGACAUCGAUUACGACGGCUACGGUGAUAUCGCCGUGGGUGCACCCUACGAGGAAGAAAGCGGCGGGGCGGUGUACAUAUUCAACGGGAAUAGAGACGGCGUUUCUCGGAAAUAUAGUCAGAGGCUGGUCGGCUCGCGAUUUUCGCCGACGAUGCGAGGGUUCGGUAUCUCAAUCUCGGAACCCCGAGAUGUGAAUCGCGACAAUCAUUCCGAUAUCGCUGUAGGUGCGUAUCUGUCCGACGAGGUGGUCCUGCUGACAUCCGCACCGGUCGUCGCGAUAAACGUGACAUUGACGUACCUGCAAAAGAUCAAAUUGCUGAGAAACACAACGUCCUUCAAGAUCGACAUCUGGAUGUCUUACGACGGCACAUACGUACCCGAUCAUCUGCGAGUUACCGUAGUCCUGAAGAUCGAUCCAUUACACGGCAGGGCCACGUAUCGAGCGCAGAAAAGUGACGACGAACUACAGAUUUACAGAUUGCGUUACACGUUAUUUAAAGCUACGAUCACGAGUAAUCUGCUUGAAAUACAUCUAACGAAAAAUAUUCAAAAUAUAAUAGAUCCGCUUGAGAUAUCGGUGUCAAUGCAACUAGAAGAUGAUCUUCACGCGAAAAACGAAAACUCGUUAUGCGCAUCAUGCGUCGUGAUAAACAAGCUCCGCUCGAAGACCGAGGACCUCAUAAAGCUGCCAUUCGCCGUGGACUGUGGCGAGGACAACGUAUGCGUGUCCGAUCUCGGUGUAGCAUUAUCCACUGACUCAACUUCGGACAACAGGUAUAUCAUCGGCUCGACGUCGGUAAUUACUCUGCGCGUCGACGCUUAUAAUCACGAAGAACCGGCAUACCAGACCAGAGUGCGUAUCUUCACCGAGGUCUUAGCGUUAGCGAGUAUCCCGCCCGAGUGUACGGAAGACUCUCGCACGAGCGGCACGCUGGAUGUGAUCUGUGACAUCGGUAAUCCUCUUAGAACGAAUAAAACAUUAAUGCUGCAACUGGACAUGAGUAUGGUGAGGUAUGAUGUUAGGGAGGUGGAAAUACAAGCGAAUAUCACUACUCAAAGCGACGAAGCGAAUUGGAAUGACAAUAGUUACACCAUUACCGUGUACUUUGACGCGGACAUCGACAUAGCGAUCGCCGGGAAAGCACAGGAGAAUUUAUACUCGUACCUACGCGAGGACGAGAAGAAAGCAUUAAACGAUAUUAGGUUUCAACAUUUUUACGAGGUGCAGAAAUUCGGCGCUAGUCCUAUCGAAGAGGUAAUGUUGACCGUGAAAAUUCCAACGUACCUUCGCCGAUACGAUGCCGAGGACGUAAUGAUCGUCAGUAUCAACGAUACCGUUGGCAGAAUGGAUGGAUAUCAAUUUUACUGCAGCGACUCGAAUCAAACUGAAUUAAUCUCUAUGGCGUCUAACAAGAUCGCAUCCACGGAUGAUGUAAUCAUAAUGAACUCGUCGAUCGUCACGAGCAAUAACACGCACGCGAAAUUCAGCAUAGAGGAAGACACGCCGAUGAACCUGCCAUCUGAAAACAGAACGCUCUAUAUUAAUUGCACGAAUAAUGCAAUUGAAUGUGUAAAAAUCACUUGUAGAUUGGGCCCAUUCUUAAGUUCUCUGUCUGUCGCGAAAUUUUUGGUGACGUUGGAUCUACAAUUAUCGAGUUUUCCUGCUGAUGUGCUGAAGCACAAAGAUAUCAUAUUUUAUGUAACUGAAGGUAGCGUUAUCGUAAUACAACCUGACAAUAUUGCUCAAAGAAAGGAUCACAAACCGGACACCACUUUGGUUGCAACAACAUUUUUGGGUUCGCCGAUAGCUCAACAAAUAUCGGUGUGGAUAAUAGCGCUGUCGGUGAUUCUCGGAGUUGCACUGUUGAUAUUGGUGGUACUAGGUUUAAUAAAGGUCGGUUUCUUCAACAGAAAAAAGAAGUUGGAACUCGAGGCGUUGCUGAAAGCCGAAACUGAUAAAAAGUAUAAUGUGGUACUGGAAACAACAUCCUCGACAGAAGUUCUUGAUCACGACUGAGUACACACAAAUAAGAUUUAUAGAACAAGACUUAAUUAAUUUUAAUUAUUUUUUUAUUUAUGAUAUAGUAUAUUAUUAAUUGGUAAAUAGUAAAAUUGUCCAUGGGCGUAUCCAAUGAGAGAUUUAAAGAAUUCAAAUCCCGUCCCUUGCUUUUCCCCUCUGAAAUGUCAUAUUCACAUUUUUAUUUUUCAAUAUGAAAAAUACAACUUUAUUUAUGAUUCUG